GUGCUAGCGUGACUAGCGUGGUUAAUGUGAAAAAUGAAAGUCUAAAACUUUGUAAACAAUAGUUAAAAAGAAACGAUCUGUUUCCUUUAAUUUGUUACUUAUAGACAGAUUCGUGGAGUGUCUGAAAUUUGUUCAAAAUGAGUUUCGUAGACCUAGCGACAUUGACUCUCCAUCGCAGAAAUGAGCUCGAAGCAAGAACAAAAGUAUUUCUAAGUAAAUGUGACCAAGCCAUUGAUGAUAUUCAAAAGUUGAAAGUUCAGGCACAAAGUUUUGCAUCAAAGCUAAACUGUGAGCCAUCGGAGCUAAAAGAAAGAUUCCUUAAAUGCAUGGAGCAACUCGAUGAAUACAUGUACCUCAUUACUGAUUUCAACUUAUCUGUCAACACACUUGAAGAAAUAAACACAACUGAGAUUGCUCCAGUUCAUGACAGUACUACAAAAACUCCCCUCCCGACGCCUCGGAGCUGCCCCAUCAACCUAAUAGAUGUCUUAAGCGAGCCACUGCCCUCCACAUCCACUGCUUGCUCCAAUCAUUGCCCAUCAGAGAAACCUAAAAGGCUUAAGGUACCCAAAGAAGACCAGCUGCUGAUAGCAUUCUCUAGUACAUCUUGCUCUUCAGAGAGUGUGCCACAGGAUAAAAUCGAAAUGCGAACCAAAGAGGUGCAAUGUGAAAUCACUGCUGAUAUGAACAGCUUGAAAAUUAAAGCUCCUCAAACACCAAUCAGAGAUUUAGAAUCAUGCAAUCUGCCAGCGCAGAAGAUUUUGCUGACCGAUCACUUAUACAAGGCUACUAUCAUGAGCAUCGACGGGGCCUCCUUUUGGGUUAUCACUGACAACGUUGACGAAGUCUGUGGACUCAUGAAAGACAUGACGGAAUUCUACAAGAGUACACAUUUCGACUUGACACUGGAUGAGAUAUCCAUGCUGAGCUACUGUGCGUUUUGUGAUGAAGACUGUUUCUACAGAGCAUUCUUCAUUAAGCUUAUUGAGGAGGAAGAGGAAAUGCUGGCGGAGGUUUUCCUCGUGGACACGGGCGAGGUUCGCACGGGGCUAGUGACCAACGUUCAACCGCUCGAGCCGCAGUUCUGCACCCGCCCGCCUUAUGCACGGUGCUGCCAUCUAGCAGGGAUUGACAUGUUAAGCUAUCAGAAUAAGGAGUUGAGUGUGAAACAAGCUAUUUUCAUGAAGGAAUACAUGGGCAUCAGCUGCACUAUCGAAAUUGAUGACAACACUUCUGAAUCUCUGGGUGUAUACGUGAUACUGCCCUCAAAGGUCGUUUUAAACGACGUUCUUAUAAAAGAAGGAUUAGCGCUACCAAUUGACAAACCCAAGUCUGACUUACGGCAAAUUGAAGGACCCCCCGAACUAAUCAAGGAAGAAGAUGAUGAAAUGGACAUCGGCCAAAGCCCCGAGUUCGAAGACCCUGUAGAAGCUGUCACAGGCUAUUCCAACCGCGACGAAGCCGACAUUUGUAAACACUACAAGGGUGGACCUGAAAAGACUUGCUUCAAAGGAACUAGGUGCAAUAAGAAACAUGUUCGCAAACAUCCAGACGGUUGGACUUUGGACCGAGUUGAAGUGCCUGUUAAGAUAAGAUCUUUGCCUCUACCCCCUCUGGAUUCGUGGCAUAGAGUUCUAGUCACCUACGUCUGCCACUUUGAUCGACUCUACGUGCAAUUCGUCAACAACGAGCAAGAUGAUCCAGUGCCCAGCUUCGGUAUAAUACUGCCGCCGGCGACGCUGACGGCUCUUGUCCGCGAUAUGAACAGCCCCGCCUCCAGGAUGGCGUACAAACAACUCACGAUAAGCCCGGCUUUAGGCGAAUUGGUGGCAGCGUUGUACCCGCUCGACAAUCAGUGGUACCGCGCCCGAGUGUUGACUGUCUCUCGCUCUGACCAGAAUAUAGAGGUCAUGUACGUAGACUACGGCAACGUAGUAUGGGUGAAAGAAGACCAGAUCAGGGUUCUAGACCCGUGCUACUUAUCACUGCCAACGCAGGCGGUGCGUUGUGUACUGGCCGGAGUGUUUGCCAAGACAACCUGCUCCAAGCAAUGGGUGGAGGCAAAGACUGCCCUCGCGAGAAUGGCUCAAGACAGGACACUGGACGCGCAUAUAGUGGGUCGCGAUUACGACGAGCUAAUAGUGGAAUUAUUUGACGACGAAGGCUACAGCAUAGCCGAGCAGCUCGCCGCACAUGACGUUAUCGAACUGAGAGAAUACGUCAUCAACGACGACACGAAGACCACGCACAAAAUCGUCCCCGCAUGAAUGCGUGAGCGAAACUCAUUCUGAAUUCCGUACAAAUCCAUUUUAAAAACACUAUAAUCUGACAGUAUGCUUAAAAGUUAAGAUUUUUCUAUGUCCCUUGGCCGAAAACUCUAUUUUUCGAUUCAAAGUAUGUUUUUAAUUCUGUGUAAUUAUAAUUAUUUCGUUAUCAUUCAUCAGACAUUGGAUCUGACCUCCUGCUUCAAAGUUAAGAUCAGCCACAAAGUAGAUUUAAAAUCAAGUAUUGGGCCGAUAGUAAUAGGAUUAUGACGUCAUCGAAUACUCGUAACUGCUAUUGUUUAAUGUAAAAAAAAUACAUAGUAAUUGAAUAUUCAAAUCCGUUGGAAUUCGGUACAAAACUAUUUUAGCAAAACGCUAUAGAAUAUUACUAUUUCCGAAAGUUGUUGAUCUGAUCAUUUAUGCAUUUAUAAGUAUUUAUAACGAAAACAAAAAUCACGCUAUUUUGCAAAACAAUGGUGUCGAUUCUGGCGUGAUUCUCUAAACUUAAAACUAAAUUUAACAUCAGUCUCUACUUUUCAUUCUGUGUAGAGAAUGUCAAGGAUACACUGUUGUCAAAUUUAAGUUAAGAUUUAUAGAAUCGUGUCAGAAUCGACACCAUUGGUUAGGUAAAAUAAUUCCCAAACAAAACAUUAUUACUAGAGUCGAGUGCAUUUAUCACUAAUCCAACAACUUAUCCGCGAUUUUCUUUCAUUCUCAUUUUGUUUACGUAAAACAACCUAUGGAUUACAUUAAGGACGACAUAACAUAACUCACAUCACAUGCAUGAAUGUGAUGUGACUGAUGAUUUGUUCAAUAACUAUAAUUAGUCUCGAACAAAUACCUAACAGUCUAACAAUGACUAAAUAUUUUUAUUUUCAGUGUGUAAUGUCAGGUUCUUUUUACGUUGCAAAUGUUAUUUUUAGAGGCAAAUUUAUUAUAGACUAUUUUUGGGAGUGAUUUAAUUUGUUGACAAGUAACUUCGCAAUAAUUUUAAUCAGAAUAUGCAAGUCGCGUUUUUGUUUUUUGUUCCUAGAAACUCGCUUCUUCAGAUUAAUGAUUAUUAUAAUUAUAAAUAUUAUAUGUUAUCUUUUCACGUAAUAUUAUUAUAAUAUUGCUGUUAUCAAUAAUUUAAUAGGCUGGUUACAAUCAACUUUCAUUUCAAAAUUGCUUUUCAUUCUAUAUACAUAUAUUAUAAUGUUGUUUGCUAUUUCUGCAAUUUUGUUUAGAAUAGAUGAUUUCAGUUACCUAAAUUGUUUUUUCUUUCCAAAGAUCUUGAAAAUGAUCCAUCGUUUCUGCAGGAAACACUUUGAGCUUAUUAGUAAUAAGUUUAAUAAUAAGAUGAUACAUGUGAUUGCUUUCUGGCCAACUGAAUGAUUGAAAAUGUUUGUUUAACUUUUUAUAAGUAUUAAUUAUUACAAAUGUAGAAUUGGUAUUAUAAUUAAUAGAAUUUUGUAUUAAUUAGGUCACAGUAUUUGAGAAGUUUGCACUGCCAUGAGAUAAAUCUGAUGAUGCGUAUUCACUAGGUACAUAAAAAAAACUUUACAGGCUUAAUCAUAAAGCUAAAUUUAUUUGAGACUGUAUAGACCACAUAAUUUUCAGCAUAGUUAGUUAGCUCUAUAAUCCGAUUGAGAAGGUGUGGUGGAAAUUAUUUAUUUCGUAAGUAUUUAUUAGCCGGAUGUAUACGCUCUGCAGUUAGUGAAGUUCUUUUUUGUAUUAUAAUAAUAAUAUAAUAAUAAUUUCUUCCCCUUCAUUUUGAUAAUAAGCGAGCAGUAUCUCAUCAUCAUCGUCACUAUCACUAGAUGAGUCGAAUUGUGUUUCAACAACAAAACGAGAUAUUGUCGUAAUAGCUAUCACUUCCAUUCUUUUCAAAUAAUCUCAGUUAAAAUUGUAGGUUAAAAUUUAUUAUAAUUUUUGGUGUAUGAACGUUGCACACAAACACGAGACUGCUUGAAUAUAGCGCCAGGUCAUGACGUCACCGCGCUCAUCAGUGUAUUUGGAACGAAUCAACGACAUGGCGUCGAUUCAUGACGUCAUUACCGCUGGCCAGCGUACCGGUGAAUAUUUCGGAAUACACACUCUCUCUUCACUCUGAAAAUUGUGUGGUCUUAUUAAUUGACCUUGGAACAGAUCCACGACUAAAAAGCAAACGAGAAUAAAAAGUUAUAUACUCAAUAUUAUACAACUUAUAUUUCAACUCGAUAGAACGCGAGCAACUAUUUUGUUAAGUUUUAAUGUUGAAGUAAUUAAGGAAUAUUGUGAUAAAAGUCCAAUUGAUGUUUUUAGCACGAACAGAAGGCGUGCGUUACUGCAUAACAUUCAUAAUAAUAUUACUAGAAAACUUCAUAAAUUAUGAACGUAUGAAAUGAAUUUAAUACCUCGCAUAUAAUACUUAUUUAAAAUCUAGCGUCGUUGUACUACAAUUGCUAGUAUAAUGUAUUUAUCUUCUUCACAAUACACCUAUUUUACGUUGCCCUGUCUAAGCGUCAAGGGAUAUGUCGUGAGGCUAUAUAUGUAUGUUAUUUGAAAAUUAUCUUACGAUUGACACUUACAUAUUGCAGUAAGACUAGAAAUUUUAAUUGUUAAAAGUCGGCGCUGUCUAACUUUUGGGGCACGGCACAGUAUCAGGUAUUUUUAACCUUAUCAAGAGUUAAAAUUCAUAUUAAAUUGUAUACUAAUAUCAUAGAGUAGCUUCUCAUGUCAUGCCGGCUUAUACCGCGUGUAGCUGCAACGCGCCACCGUAUUAUAUCGCGAAAAAGCAUAGGCUUUUUGUUAAAGGAAUAUUACUGCUAAACUAAUAGAAAUAAGGUUGAAAAGGGAUGUCUCAGUCAGUGCCGGCUCUAGGGCCUAAUGCAAAAGAUAUCGCUUUGUAUCGUCUAUAGCGAGCAUCUUAUAAAUAAACGAAUAUCGGUUAUUUGUAUAGAAUGUAAAACAAUAUAUAUUUUAUUGAGAUAUAUCUAUGUAUCAAGGUGAUACAAAUAUUAAGGACGUGGGCGGAAAAUGACGAGUUGAAUUUUAGCAUUAAGUGAUCUGUAAUUCAUCUCGCGAAACUAUGACUAAUUUUCAUUAGUUGUACAGAAGCAGUUGCAAUUUUAUAAGUAGGAACCAUAUUUGACAAUUUCCGAUUGGAUCAUGACUCGUCAUUUAAAUGCUCAAUCCAUAAUUCCAAGAGUGCGAUUCUCUUUAAUCUUACCGUGAUAUUGUGGGUGAUCAAAUGAUUAGUUAGCAAUUACACUUAUAUUUUUUAUUACGCGUUGAUUGAAAUGUUAAUCUCUCAUCGCUGUAAGCUAAGUUCUAGUGGUGUAUUGUUGAAAUAAAAUAUUUUCUUAAGUAUUUUUGUAUCCUUUAUUACAGAGGCGCCAAUUCAUACAACAGUCAAAUAUAUGUAGAUUCACUAUUCUUUUCAUUACUACAAUGUAUAGUAACCCAGCCCUUACUUAAGGCACUUCUCCCGUGCGCAAUUUUAAUUCCAUUAGGGUAGUUUCACUCCAAAUCAAUCUUUUAUUUUAUACACAACAAUCCCAUAUACAUUACAGUUUGAUGUUUAACAAGAUGAAAAAAACGAAGUAUAUUUUUUUCUUUGGAACUCUUAAUAUAAUAAUAAAGGUCAUAACACACAUAUCAACUCUAAAAGGGAUAGUCACCGUAUCAACUCCAGCCGUUAAGUAGGUAUUUUUUGUAUUACAUACCGCAACCUACUGCAAUGCACACUAAUUGGAAUCGUAACGUAAUCGCCUCGCCUCAGGACAAGCUUACAUCUCUUCGUGUAAGACCAUCCCCCGACCUCACAUUCGGAUUCAAACUGAUUGAAAUGGUGCCGCCUAGCUAGCCGUCAAACAGCGAGCGACGUGUCGUAAUCGGCUUACCGUCAAGCUCAAGUCCUGUUUACGGCAAUCCAAAAGGCGAGUCGUUAUCGAUCCUUUUCCGAUUUAAUAUGUGUGCAAUCACCUUAAAAGGACGAAAUAUUGUAAAACUAUUUAAUUUCAUGUACUUUUUAAAUUUUUUUAGUACAUUGUCUAGAUAGGCUCCAAAGAGAUUAUUUAAUAUUAUUAAAUAGAAACAUAACUAUGUAGUCAAAUAUUCCUAUAUAGAAGAUACAUUUUAUAUAACACUGAUACCUACAUACAUUGAGAUUCAAAUUAUAUCCAUAUCCUAUCUACAAUUUAAUUAUCAUAUUAUGAUUAUAUACUGUCAACAUUGAACACUUGAGGCGAAUAAUUAAUGAAUAUCUAUUUAAAAAUCUUAAUGCAUGAUUUUUACCAACUAUUUAGAUUACACAAUUGAAUAAUGACUAGACAUAGCUUACAGCUACAUACAGCACACUAGCAUUUGACAAAUUCAAAAUUUGCUUAGAUUAUGAGAACAAAAAUCAAAAAUCUGCAACAAACAAUUUUGGUAACUCUGACUCUAAACGGAUCACUCUUACAAUUGAUGUUAAACGCCAAUUAUCAUAUGGAUUAGAAUUUUUGGGUGUAUAUGAUUCUGGUGCAACAAAUGUGCUAUAAUAUGAUAUUAGUUCGUGGGACUGAUCACCGUCUAAAUCUGCAAUCAUCAAUGAUUGGUCCUGAUAUUCUAGAUCUGGUUGACACAUUGGCAAUGGUGAAGUUGUGUCUAUUUGUCCCCGUACACAUAUCUGCACAAUAUCUGUUUGGCUCACAUUGACAUUGUGCGUUUGCAUUUUAUCAAAUGACACCAAUACAAUCCUCUCUGAAAUGUCAUGCACAGUGAAAUUUGUAUAUUUGAUAAAUGAUGAUAUUGAAGCUACAUUGAUAAUAGGCCGGUAAUAAAAUAUAUCAUUGGUAUUUUUAGGACUCUGAUUCUGUACAUUGUAUCGUACCUCAUCAAUUUUCAGUGCACCCUUUGCAUAGUGUGCACUGUUCCACUGUCAUAAUUUUAACACAAACCCUCGUAUUGAAUUAGCAAAGGCAAAUGAACUUGGCCUCAUAGCAUAGACAUGAUUGGCGGAAUAUUCCCAACCAACAGUAGUUGUACCAUUUUUUUCAAGUAAGAGUUUUAAAUUCACCCGACAUGAGUUAGGGCACUCUCCAGAGUUCUCUACAAUUAGUUUUCCAGGGCCAUUAGUAUAAAUCUCCCUUGUAUUACCAAUACUCUUUUUUAAACUCAGAUUUACCUUCUUUGUUACAGUGGCAGAAGAUGUGUGAUUUGAUUUGUCCAGUUUCAAGAGCUUCCUAUAUAAGUUAGGAUAAGAAAUUAACCUGACAGCCUCUGUAGUACCAUUUUUACAUAUAUAUGUUAUAGUAUCUGCUUCUGGUACCAACUUCACAGAUAUACAAUCAUGUAUUGUCAUUGGUUCUCCAAUAAUAUUGCCAGUUGCCCCUGAUAUGAUCAAUAAUGAAUUAUGAUUCACAUUUGGGUAGACGGUUGCCACAGUCAGGAGAUCGUUAACUUUAUCCUUAUCCAUAUCCUUCAUCAUUAUGGGAAAGUCUAUUGCUGCAAUGUUGCUUAACAUUUUCACAUGUUUAUGCAUGUACCAAUAAUAUGUACCUGACAAAGGAUUCAACGCAGCAAGUAAUCCUUCUGAGCCUGAGACAAUACAAUCUUUUUGAUUGUCUCUAUUGACAUCAAUAAGAUGACAGUUUAUUUCUGUGGGUAUUCUGUUCUCCCUAGUAUACCAGCCGACUUUUCCAGAAUUGCCAACUAUAAGUAACACACCAUUGACAUUAUCAUUUGUGUUUUUCUCUUGUUUCAUAUGAUUACCACGGUAGAUGAAUAUUAAAUUUUUUGUGUUUGGGAUAGCUCCAUCGACAACUUGGACAGCGCCUGAUAGCUCGAUCUCGUCGUAGGGCAGUUCCCAGCUUGUGGUUUUAUCUUGCCAUUCAUUAGUUGAGCAGCUGCCAACCUCAGAACACGGUAUCCCCCACAAGAAUAUGACCACAGUGAAGAUGCAGAUCAGAAUCGAUGUAAUAAAAGCGCAGCGGCGAGGGGAUGACAUUUUAUUGGACACAUCGGAUUGCAGAAAACUUACGUUGUCCAUUGUGCUCUCUACUGUGUUUAUGUUGGUGUUGAAUUCGUCCAUGUCGCUCAGGCUGUAAUUCUUAGAUGAUUGCAAACCACUGUUGAAGUCCAAAUUGUUACAACUGUCAGUUGUUUUGAUGUGAGCAGCAUUUUGCAAUUUGUGGUGGUCGUCUUCCGACUCGGAGUCGGACAGUAUUUGCUUCAGCGGUGCGUAAUUGCCACCGGUUCCAUUUGCUGACAUGGCUUUAUAGAAUCGAAGAAUGUAUUCACAUUUUAAUGAAGCAAACUUCUGAUGAACAGUAUUUUUGUUGUUUAUUUAAAAAAUCAAUAAACAAGUCCCCGAGGUCUCGAUUUGACAGAAAGUAGGGAUA